GGUUGUAUUUUGACGUAUAAUAGCUAGCUACUUUUCUUUUUGUUUCCUUCUUGGUAGAAAACCAGCAAACGAGAGACUUUUUGGAGGAACUGUAUCUUGCCACUCUCCGUAUACUGGUGUCCUAGUUUUUAUCUUGAAGACAAUCAAGACUGACACAUAUUCGUUGAACAAGUUAGACUAUGCAUAUUUAGUUCUAAUACAGGCUAGCUAGCUGGCUCUGGCUGGCACACAGUAAAGCAGUUGAAAGUGAAAUAGCUAGCUAACUUAGCUGCGAUGGAGGAAUUGAGCGCAGAUGAGAUUCGCAGAAGGCGACUGGCACGACUGGCAGGGGGACAGACAUCACAGCCCAGCACACCUCUCAGCACACCCCUGACCUCCCCACAGAGAGAGACUCCACCUGGACCCCUCCAUGGACCCUCAGGUGCCGCACCCCAGCCCCUGCCACCAGCUGCCUCCCAAUCAUUGGGGCUCAAUGUCCACAGUGGUACCCCUGCCACAUCCCCUAUGGGCACCUCUGGUGUGGCAUAUGGUAGUCAAAGCAGCGAAGGUGUCAGCUCCCUCUCCAGUUCCCCCUCCAACAGCCUUGAGACUCAGUCCCAGAGUUUGUCCCGAUCGCAGAGCAUGGACAUUGACACUGCCUCCUGUGAAAAGAGCAUGUCCCAGGUGGAUGUGGACUCAGGGAUAGAGAACAUGGAGGUGGAGGACAGCGAUCGCAGGGAGAAGAGGAACUUGACUGAAAAGGAAACCUCUGCAAACUCAGAUGUCUCUGAAGAACAGGCUCUGCAGCUCAUUUGUAAGAUCCUCCGCGUAUCGUGGAAGGAGCAGGAUAGAGAUGUCAUCUUUCUCCCUUCACUGGCUGCAGAGUUCCACCAGAACUCUAAAGAUGCAUACUCUGACUUCAAAGACCUGAUCGGCCAGAUCCUGAUGGAAGUCUUAAUGAUGUCCACCCAGUCACGUGUCCACAACCCCUUCGCCAGCUUGACCGCCACCUCUCAGCCAAUUGCGGCAGCCAAAUCUCCCGACCACCGUCUGACGCUGGUGCAGCCCUCCAGCCUAGGUGGCAGUCCCAUGGGCCCCAGUGCAGGGUCGUUUGGAGCCAGCUCUCUGUCCAGUCUGUAUGGGUGUGGUAGUCCUCACUCAGUAGCUUUGGAUGCAGCCAAGAGGACUUCUCCAUCUCUCCCCACCCCCACUACACCUUCUCUACCUUCUACACCUUCUACCCCACAAUUCAUUGUUCCCCCCAGUCCACCGGUUACUGCUACUCCAAGACAUUCUCUCAACCCUCCAUCUGCCCCCAUGCCCAUCUCCCAGCGCUAUCGCCCUUACUCUGUCGCCUCACCCUGGGGGGCUCCUUCCCCUUCUGGUUCGGGUCACAGAGGCUUUAGUUUGUUUGGACCCUCUCCCAGCCCUGCAGGGCCCUCUGUUCCUCCCAACACCCCAGUUCCUGUGCCACCACCCAGCCCCCAAUCCCUCACCUUGAGCUCACCUAGGGCUCGCAGCCUAUCCUCCUCCACACCCCCUCCCAUGGUUCCCCCUUCUCCCAGAUCAAAUGCCCGACAGACCGCCUUUGGUUCCAGGAUCCCACCGUCUAGGUAUUUCAUCUGUGUGUGUUGCACAACAUCCUUUUUUCCAUUCUUUCCCUCUCUCCUCCCGCCUUUUCCUCGUCAUGUUAGCCCCUUUUCGCUCCUGUUCUUUGCCCUGUCGGACAUGUCUCAGGACAGCAGUGAUGAAGAUUCUGAGGAGGAGGAGGAGGAUUUUGCACGGGUUCAGUUUGGGUCCAGUCUUGGUGCAUGUGGAGGGGGGAUGUCCUGCGAUUCAGCCAGCGACCGCUUCACCAUUGAAGCAUGCAAAGAGACAGAGAUGCUGAACUACCUCAUUGAGCGUUUUGACAGUGUUGGCAUGGAGGAGAGGAAAGCUCCCAAGAUGUGCAGCCAACCAAAUGUCAGCCAGCUUCUCAGUAACAUUCGCUCUCAGUGUAUUUCUCACGUUGCCCUGGUCCUGCAAGGCACCUUGACCCAGCCUCGAAGUCCUCUUCAGCAGUCUCUGCUGGUACCUUAUAUGCUGUGUCGGAACCUUCCAUACGGCUUUAUUCAGGAGCUGGCACGCAUUACCCACCAGGAGGAAGAAGUGUUCCGACAGAUCUUCAUUCCCAUCCUCCAUGGGCUGGCUCUUGCAGUUAAAGAAUGUUCUUUUGACAGUGACAACUUUAAAUUCCCCCUCAUGGCAUUAGCUGAGCUUUGUGAAAUCAAGUUCGGAAAGACUCACCCAGUGUGCAAUUUGGCAACGUCACUGCCUCUGUGGUGUCCCAAACCUCUGAGCCCUGGUUGUGGCAGAGAGAUCCAGAGACUGUCCUACCUGGGAGCCUUCUUCAGCCUCUCUGUUUUUGCUGAGGAUGAUAGCAAAGUAGGAGAUAAGUAUUUCUCGGGCCCAGCCAUCACCAUGGAGAACACGCGAGUUGUCAGCCAAUCUUUGCAGCACUACCUGGAGUCUGCGAGGGGUGAUCUGUUCAAGAUUCUCCACAACAUUCUGCUAAAUGGAGAGACGCGCGAGUUAGCUCUUAAUUACAUGGCAGCUUUAGUCAACUACAAUGUGAAGAAAGCCCAGAUGCAGACUGAUGACAAGCUGGUGUCUACAGACGGCUUCAUGCUCAACUUCUUAUGGGUGCUGCAACAGCUGAGCAUGAAGAUCAAGCUGGAGACAGUGGACCCUUAUUACAUUUUCCAUCCACGCUGUCGCCUUGUUGUGAGCCUCGAGGAAACGCGUCUAAAGGCCACUAUGGAGGAGCUCAAGAGCUGGCUGACCGAACUGCACGAAGACCCCACCAAGUUCUCAGAACCCAAGUUCCCCACCGAGUGUUUCUUCUUGACACUGCACACCCACCAUCUGUCCAUCCUGCCUGGCUGCAGGCGCUACAUCCGCAGGUUGCGAGCCAUCCGCGAAUUGAACAGGACCGUAGAGGAGCUCAAGAACAGUGAAAGCCAAUGGAAAGAUUCUCCCCUGGCCAGUCGACACAGAGAGAUGCUCAAGCGAUGCAAAACCCAGCUCAAGAAACUGGUGCGAGCCAAAGCUUGUGCUGACGUGGGCCUUCUGGAUGAGAACCUGCUCCGCAGAUGUCUGCAGUUCUACAGCACAGUCAUUCAGCUCAUUCUCCGCAUGGUGGACCCUGCCUACCCCAACAUUACCCUGCCACUGAACCCUGAGAUUCCCAAAAGCUUUGCUGCUCUCCCUGAAUUCUACAUCGAAGAUGUGGCAGAGUUUCUGCUUUUUGUCGUGCAGUAUUCUCCCCAGGUUUUAUAUGAGCCGUGUGUCCAGGACAUUGUCACCUUCUUGGUGGUGUUCAUCUGCAGCCAGAACUACAUCAGGAACCCCUACCUUAUCGCCAAGCUGGUGGAGGUGCUGUUCGUCACCAACCCUGCUGUGCAGCCUCGUACUCAGCGAUUUUCUGAAAUGAUGGAGAACCACCCGUUGUCUGUGAAACAGCUGGUCCCCGCCCUCAUGAAAUUCUACACUGAUGUUGAGCAUACCGGCGCCACCAGCGAGUUCUAUGAUAAGUUCACUAUACGGUACCAUAUCAGCACUAUCUUCAAGAGUCUCUGGCAGAACAUUGCCCACCAUGGCACCUUCAUGGAGGAGUUCAACUCUGGCAAGCAGUUUGUGCGCUACAUCAACAUGCUGAUUAACGACACCACGUUCUUGUUAGACGAGAGCCUUGAGUCCCUGAAGCGUAUCCACGAGGUUCAAGAAGAGAUGAAAAAUAAGGAGCAGUGGGAGCAGCUACCUAGGGAGCAGCAGCAGAGCCGCCAGUCCCAGCUGACUCAGGAUGAGCGGGUGUCUCGCUCCUAUCUGGCUCUGGCCACAGAGACAGUUGAAAUGUUUCACAUCCUCACCAAGCAGGUCCAGAAGCCUUUCCUCAGGCCUGAGCUGGGGCCUCGUUUAGCUGCCAUGCUGAACUUUAACCUCCAGCAGCUGUGCGGGCCAAAGUGUCGAGACCUGAAGGUGGAGAACCCCGAGAAGUAUGGCUUUGAGCCCAAGAAGCUCUUAGACCAGCUGACUGACAUCUACCUUCAGCUAGACUGCGCCCGCUUUGCUAAAGCAAUUGCAGAUGACCAGCGGUCGUACAGCCGCGAGCUCUUCGAAGAGGUGAUCUCAAAGAUGAGGAAGGCUGGAAUUAAAUCCUCCAUCGCCAUUGAAAAAUUCAAGCUGCUGUCAGAGAAAGUGGAGGAAAUAGUCGCCAAGAACUCCCAGUCUGAGAUGGACUACAGCGAUGCACCCGAUGAGUUCAAAGACCCUCUGAUGGACACACUGAUGACUGACCCUGUGAUGCUGCCUUCGGGGAACAUCAUGGACCGAUCCAUCAUCUUACGCCACCUGCUCAACUCUCCCACUGAUCCCUUCAACAGGCAGCCGCUCACAGAGAGCAUGCUGGAGUCAGUCCCUGAUCUGAAGGAGAGGAUCCAUGCCUGGAUGAGAGAGAAACAGGGUGGACGGCCUGUCUAAGGACCAUGUUACCAAUGUCCGGCCUGCUAACAGUCAUCAAGGGAUCUGUCGAAAUCGCCUGAAUUCAGUGUCACUACUACCAAUGACAACAACAA